CCGCCCUAGGUAAAGAUGGCGGCAUGGGGGCUUCACUGCGCAUGCUCCAAGAUCCAUGGCUAGUCGGACCGGGUUCUGGGGCAUCGGAGCACAUCAGGAUCAGCCGGCGACGUGGAAAAUCCCUACUGAUGUUUGAGAGCGAGGAGCGAUGAAGGGGCAGCAGAAAGCGGCGGAUCUAGAAGAAGGAACAAUCCGAGUCCAGGAAGGUGCAGUAGCAACAGGAGAAGAUCCAACUAGCGUUGCCAUCGCCAGCAUCCAGUCCGCAGCCACCUUCUCCGAUCCCGGGGUGAAGUACGUUUUCCGCACGGAGAAUGGAGGAGCGCAGGUAAUGUAUCGCGUGAUCCAGGUCGCAGAAGGCCAGCUCGACGGGCAGACUGAGGGCACGGGCGCCAUCAGUGGAUUCCCCGCUGCCCAGUCCAUGACCCAGCUUCCCCCUUUCCAGGCUGUUAUCCAGGGAGCUUUCACCAGUGACGAUGCAGGAGAUGGCGACACCUCGGCUACCGAGACUCACUACACCUACUUCCCUACAACUGUGGCCGAUGCCAGUACCUCCGUGGGGGCUGCCGCGACCACCGUGGUGACCACGCAGAACAGCGAGGCUCUGCUGGGACAAGCCACGUCCUCGGGUGCAGGUCAGUUCUUCGUGAUGAUGUCUCCACAGGAGGUCCUGCAGGGAGGGUCUCAAAGGUCCAUCGCUCCGAGGACCCACCCGUAUUCCCCCAAGUCCGAAGGGCCUCGGGCGACGCGGGACGAGAAAAGACGCGCACAGCACAACGAAGUGGAACGUCGACGCAGGGACAAGAUAAACAAUUGGAUUGUCCAGCUCUCCAAGAUCAUCCCCGACUGCUCCAUGGAGAACACCAAGUCCGGACAGAGCAAAGGAGGCAUCUUGUCCAAAGCGUGCGACUACAUUCAGGAACUGCGCCAAAGCAACCACCGCCUCUCGGAGGAACUGCAGAGUCUCGAGCAACUGCAGAUGGACAACGAGCUGCUCAGACAGCAGGUGGAAGAUCUGAAGAAUAAGAACCUCAUCCUGCGGGCACAGCUUCGCCAUCACGGGGUAGAAAUCAUUAUUAAGAACGACUCUCGCUGACCGCCUGCGCUCUCCGCACAGAGGACCAAGCCGCGUCCCGGCCCUUUCUGACGUUGUCCGUCCUCUUCCACCCCAAUGCUUUUGUUGCCUUGGUGACUUUUAAGGAAUAUCUAACUAAUUCAGCUACGGAUCUUUAUACAGCCUGUAAAUACCGACGUCGGCAGUAAGGCUGGAAUAGCCGGAGCGUGGGGGGGCGCAGUCUGCCGAGGACACGCUGGCUCCUUUCGGAAGGAUGUGUAGAAAAUGUACAUUUUCCCUUUUUGUACGUCCCGUGAAGCCGCCCCGGGGGCCGGGCGAAUCACUGUCUUUGUUUUAUUAGCCGUAUGUCGUGUACAGUACAUUUUUUUUUUUUAAUGGUAUCGCCACCUCCCGCGCGUCGGCCCGGAAUCCCGAUGGCUCUGCGGAGGCGGGGAGGGUUCUGCUCCUCUUUUACUUUGUGCAGCGAACCCCGGCAUCCUGCUCGCUGGAAGACGCCGGGCUUUUGGGUUUGUUUCUUGUCUUCCUGGUAGCAGAGACUGGCGUUAUUAGCAAACACCUUUCCUGGUUCUGAUUUUUUUUUUUUUUUUGCUCUUUUUUUGUUUUUGCUUCCCCGGACUCUGAUCGUUUCUGCUCUCACGCGCAUGUUCUAUCUCGGAUGGGCCCAGUUUUUGUGCGCAAUGAAGGUCUUUUUAAUAUGGAGCUGGGUUGAUAUAUCACAGAAAUGAGAUGUUUAGCGGGGUGGGGGGGUAAUGGUGCUCCUACUACAUAUCUCAUUACCCAUAAAGCACUUGGAGAGCUCCAACCCAGCGUGUGGGGAGCACGGGAUGCAUGUGGGCAGCGGUCCAUGUUCUGCUGGCACAUAUUAAAUGGACACUAUUAUGGGAGACGCGUGUGCGUUUAAAUAUUACAUCGCGUUUGAUUUAAACGUAUUCUUUUUUAAUCCUACUGAUCAUGUGACCUGUGUCCGCUUCCCUCUCUAUUUAAGUCGCAGCUUCUCGUUGAGUGUCUGCAUAGAGACGUUUUCUAAGCAGGAGCUGCAAGGAAACCGAUUCUGAACCAUUUAAUUAUGAGAAAUAAUAAGUUGUGUUGAUUGGAAAAUCCGAUGUAUUUUAGGAUCGUGCAUUAAAACGAGGCUUACCAUAGUGUCCUUUACACUUUAA